CCCUCGGCCGCCCCCGCCGCCCCCCAGAUGUACUAUGCGCUUUCCCAGGCGCGCGUGAACGCGGCCCCCGCGACCAUGCUGCGGCCACAGCGGCCCGGAGACGUGCAGCUCGGGGCCUCCCUGUACGAGUUGGUGGGCUACCGGCAGCCGCCCUCCUCCUCCUCCUCCUCCACGUCCUCCUCCUCCACGGCGACCCCCCUCCUCCCCAAGGCGGCGCGCGAGAAGCCCGAGGCGCCCGCCGAGCCGCUGGGCGCGGGAGCGGGGCUCGGCGCGCACGCGGGCGGCGGCUCCCGGGCGGACGCCAAAGAGGAGCAUCAACAGCAGCUGCGGCGCAAGAUCAACAGCCGCGAGCGGAAGCGCAUGCAGGACCUGAACCUGGCCAUGGACGCUCUGCGCGAGGUCAUCCUGCCCUACUCGGCGGCUCACUGCCAGGGCGCGCCCGGCCGCAAGCUCUCCAAGAUCGCCACGCUGCUGCUCGCCCGCAACUACAUCCUGCUGCUGGGCAGCUCGCUGCAGGAGCUGCGCCGCGCGCUGGGCGAGGGCGCCGGACCUGCGGCGCCGCGCCUGCUGCUGGCCGGCCUGCCCCUGCUGGCCGCCGCGCCCGGCUCCGUGCUGCUGGCGCCUGGCGCCGUGGGGCCUCCCGACGCGCUGCGCCCCGCCAAGUACCUGUCGCUGGCGCUCGACGAGCCGCCGUGCGGCCAGUUCGCGCUUCCCGGCGGCGGCGCGGGCGGCGGCACGGGCGGCCCGGGCCUCUGUACCUGCGCGGUCUGCAAGUUCCCGCACCUCGUCCCCGCCGGCUUGGGCCUGGCCGCGGUGCAGGCGCAGUUUUCCAAGUGA